AUGCACUCUCGCUCGAAUCACGGAGAGCUUCGCUUCUCACCAAGAUUAGAGAAUCUGAUUCCAUCGCUCCCCAUUCUCGAUCACAGCGCCGACAAGCUGGACACGACGGAAAUGGAGCACGUAUGUACCCUGUGCGCGCUCCUGCUGAGCCAUCACGACGCCGAGGACGCGGCGGGGGCCGAGAAGGCUGGAGAAGCUGAGGGGGCCGAGGAGGCCGAGAGGGCCGGAGGGGCCGAGGAGGCCGAGAGGGCCGGAGAGGCCGAGUUGGCCGAGGGGGCCGAGAAGGCCGAGGGGGCCGAGAAGGCCGAGGAGGCCGAGAAGGCCGGAGAGGCCGAGAGGGCCGAAGAAGCCGAGGGGGCCGAGGAGGCCGAGAGGGCCGGAGCUACCGAGGAAGUCCAGAGGGCCGAGGAGUCCGAGAAGACCGAGGAGACCAAGGAGACCGAGGGGGCCGAAGAGGCCGCGGCCCUCGUCCGAGCGCUGCUGCGCGACGCGCCGCUCGGGCGACAGGCCGCGGAGGCGGCGGCGCUGCUUUGCGACUGCGUGGUCGGCCGACUCAACUGCCCCUUCGACGACGACAACGCCGCGGCCCCCGCGGGGCCGGCCGAGGCCGAGCUGCGGCCCUUCUUCGCGGCGGCGCUGCUGCGCGCGGCGCUGCUGCGAGCGCUGCUGCGCCACGCGCCCGGCGCCGCGCUGCCGACGCGCCCCUUCUUCCAGGAGCAGCUGGCCGCGGCCGCCUACGACUACGCCCUCGUGCGCUCGCUGCACGACGGCUACGCCUUCUGGCCGCACUACGACACGAUUCAACGGACGAAGCGAGACUUGGACGCCUUCCUGGACGACGUCAUCGCGGAAAUACCCAGAGAAGCCCACCGAAAAAUAACGGCGCGUCUGUCGGCGGCGGCGACCUCCACCGGCUACUACUGGGCUUUCGCCCGGCGGUACUACGAGGUCAAAGCGACGGAGGGAGCGGACGACGGCGAGACGUGGACGUGGAGCCACUCGGAGCUGGGGGAGAAGCUCACCGGGAACGGAUUCGUCCAUAGCUUGCAGGUGACUCCGGGUCCGAAGGCGGGCCGGAACGCUCGCUCGGAAACGUCUUGA